AUGCCGCUCGCAAUUGACUUAUUGCACCCAUCCCCUGCGUCAGAGAGGAGGAAGCACAAGCUCAAAAGGCUAGUGCCACACCCGAACUCUUAUUUUAUGGAUGUCAAGUGCCCAGGAUGUUACAAGAUUACAACUGUAUUCAGUCAUGCACAAAGGGUGGUCGUAUGCGCAGGAUGCUCAACGAUCCUCUGCCAACCCACAGGAGGCCGUGCUAGACUAACUGAAGGAUGUUCAUUUAGAAGAAAACAACAUUAA